UGCGCACUGGCACUGUAUACUGUAUUAUCACAUUGGUCUCGCUCGUCGCUCACAGCAGGCAGUACCGUGGGACCACAGCAUCCAAACAGCUGCGGAAUGUUAUUAACCCAGAUUCUGCUGUCUAUAGUAUAUAUCACAGUUGACACAACACGUGCCGCCAGACCUAACAUAGUCUUUAUAAUUGCUGAUGAUUUGGGCUGGAACGAUGUUGGUUUCCACGGCUCAGACCAGAUCCCCACCCCCAACAUUGACGCCUUAGCCUACACUGGGGUUCCGCUGCAGAACUACUAUGUGAGUCCUAUCUGCACACCUUCCCGUAGCGCUCUCAUGACUGGCAAAUACCCCAUACAUACAGGGAUGCAGCACACAGUGUUGUUUGGUGCUGAGCCGCGUGGGUUGCCGCUGAGUGAGCGUCUGCUGCCUCAGUACCUGCGAGACCUCGGCUACACCACCAGGAUUGUAGGCAAGUGGCACCUCGGCUCAUACAAGCGGGAGUACACUCCGACCCACCGAGGGUUUGACUCACACCUGGGCUACUGGACAGGCCAUCAGGACUACUUCGACCAUACUGCUUGUGAAAAGGGGAUGUGGGGACUGGACAUGCGCAACAACAUGGAUGCUGCUUGGGACCUCCACGGGCAGUACUCCACGGAUAUCUACACCAAGGAGUCUGUGAGACUGAUCCGUAGUCACAACACUUCGAAACCGUUGUUCCUUUAUCUGGCGCACACUGCUGUACACUCCGGCAACCCUUAUAAUCCUCUACCCGCCCCAGACAAUGAUGUGGCAGCUUUCAGCCACAUCGAAAACUUCAACCGACGCAAGUUUGCUGCCAUGAUGAACAAGCUUGAUGACUCAGUUGGGGAAGUAGUGGCUGCCCUAAAGGACACAGGCAUGCUGGAGAAUACCAUCAUAGUGUUCACCACAGACAACGGGGGUCCGGCCGCGGGUUUCAACCUGAACGCUGCUUCCAACUGGCCGCUGCGAGGGGUUAAGAACACUCUAUGGGAGGGAGGUGUGCGAGGAGCCGGACUGGUGUGGAGCUCUCUGCUACCCAAUGGGUGGAUAUCUUCUGACCUGACACACAUCUCUGAUUGGCUACCGACCCUCGUAUCAGCUGCUGAGGGAGACACCAGCGUUUUUAAAAACAUUGAUGGUAUAAAUCAAUGGCCGAGUAUGUCCCGAGGAGUUCCAACCACUAGAACUGAGGUUCUUCACAACAUUGAUGACAUUUACGGGAGUUCUUCUCUGACAGUUGGGGAUUGGAAAAUCGUCAAAGGUACCAACUACCAAGGACAGUGGGAUGGUUGGUAUGGACCGAGUGGUCGACCUGACAACCAUUCUACACCCUACGACAUCACGGCAGUCGUAAACAGUCUAGCUGGACGUGCAGUCGCCUCCGUUGGCCGAGAAAUUCAUCCAGAUAAGGCUUUGAAACUUCGAAAGAAGAUGGAAGUAAAAUGUACUGGAGAGAGAUCCGAGUGUUUACCCCUGAAAAACCCUUGUUUGUUCAACAUCAAGGCUGACCCUUGCGAAGAAAAUAACUUGGCUUCCAGGUACCCACAAGUCCUGCGUCACCUAGAUUAUCUACUGGGAGUCCACAACGCAACGGCCGUCCCUCCCAGCAACCUCCCCUUGGACCACCAAGGUGACCCUAGGCUCUGGGACCACACGUGGACUAACUUUGGCGACUACGCAAUCACAACCAACGACAUCCUCAGAUAGUUUCGCAACAGCUAGUCAUAUUUAUUUUUUGUGUUUUAGUUUUUAAGUCAAAGUGUGAUAUGCAAAACCUGUUUAAUGUUCUGUUAAACUGAACCAUGAUAUAUGUUCAUGUCAUUGAGAAAAGUACAAAAUGUACAGUAGCUCAGAAUAGUAAAAUAGUCUGUCAUAGUAUUGACAUUGGGACAUUGUAGUACAUAUAACACAUAACAAUAUUUUGAUUUAAAUCUUUUCUGCAUUGUUUGUUAUUGAUUAGCAGCAUAACCUCCAAAUAAUUGGAUAACUGUUUUUAGUAGAACAGGAAAUCUUAUUCUCAGAAGAUUGUAUUACCUAGUGAGAAAAUACACAUGAAAUUGAGCAAUUGCUUGGUUUCAUAAUAUAUUUUACCGUGUGGUGAAAAAUAGCAUUCCUAAAGGAAAAAGGAGUUUUUUCCUAAAGGAGUUUUUGCAAUACUUACUCGAGCCUGCAAAACCUCACUAUCAAUCUGGGCUGGAUGCAAAAAUACUCGAGGCUUUAUUUUUCCUAAAAUCUGUUAACUGAUUAUUAAACUAGUGAUUGGAUUAAACAUUGUUAAGGUAAAAUUUAUAUUAAAAAAAUUGCUUGUGUUGUUGUGUAUUACACUUGAGUCUCGCUAGUCUGAACACAGGUAAUCUGAACGUCCGCUUAAUCCAAACAAGUUUCAGAAAUGUUUGAAAAUAAUUGGAACUAAUGUAAAAAAAAUAUUUUAUAAAAUUAAAUACAGAUAAAAGUU